AAUGUCACAGAGUAGAUGGGAACUCUGUGGUGCCGAUUUCUCCUUUUAUUCUUCCUCUUCCUCCUCCUCUUCUUCUUUUUUUUUUAAGGGUUGGGGACAACGUUAUCUCUAAAGGAUAUGAACCAGGGUGGGAUGAGCCUGGGGGAUAUGGGUGAAUCUUGUUUAGGCCUGAAGUCCACCUUGGCAUGAGACAUGUGCCACUUCUUAGCUAUGCAUGCUAAGUAACGUAACUUCUUGGCCUCCGUGUGUCUGUAAACCUGGACGCCCUAUUAGUCCCUGUAAAAAAAUCAAUAAACGGUGGCUAUGAUCAUUAUAAAUAAGUACUUAGAUUGGGGGAUGUCACUGUUCACUUUGAUCUGGUUUCAGAAUCGAGAUGAACAUCGAGGUUGGGAACGUUUCUUAUUCAGGAGCCAUCAUUUCCUGGUCGUCCUUGGAGCCCUGCCUGGAGGACUAUUACCACAUUAUGUAUAGGCCCAAUUGGAACAGCAUCUUCUCUGGCUAUCUUCGCUACAGCUUCCACCACGAGGAGAAGGUGCCUCGAACGAUCAGCUCUGUGGUACUUGAACAUCUGGCUCCUUCUACUCUCUACUUCUUGUGCAUCAGCUGCAGAAAGAUCACCUUCCCCUACAGGCACUACUGCACCAUGUUCCACACGCUGGAUAAGAGCCCACUGGCUUCUGGAAGCUCCCUGGUGGACCCCCAAAUCUCCCUUUGGGUGCUAAUGGCCAUUCUGCUGGCCUGCUUCACAGCCGUCUUAGCCUUCAUCUGCCUCCAGUUCUGGUGCAUCCGCUGCCAUGAGCCUCGGUGGUCUUACAGAGCGGGCCACGUGGAGGAAGCCAACGGGCUGGUGAGAUGGCCAGAAGAGGUGCCAGCUCUUGGUCAGAGGGAAGACGACUUGCAGGGGCUCCCCCUGGUGGAGAUGCCACGCAGGAACUCUGGAGCUGCUGCUGAAUCGGAAGAGGAAGCUGCCGAGGAAGCUGCCCAGGACGCCCCCAGGGAGAUCGUUGCCUUACACAGGGAGGGCAGUGAUCAACCAGCCAGGGUGCCUCAGUGUGGGGAGUGAGACGUGGGGAGGAGGCAGCCCACAUCAUGUAGUUGAAACACUGCACACAGUAGGUCUUUUGUAAAAAAAUUUGUCUAUAGAGUACCCAUUUCUCUCCCUGCAAUGUCAGUGCUAUUUAGUGGAAGAACUGGUUUGGUGAAUGCCCUAUGACAAAGCUUCUCAAACUCGAAAAUAUACACCCUUAGGGUGCGCUAAGGGAGAAACGGGGCAUCCCUUCAGGAGAGUCCAUUGUGAGGCACAGUUAAGAAUUAAAAGAAUUACCUUAACAUUAAAACAAAUAGGAUAUACUAUGGAGGGAAAAGUAAAAUUUGCAUGACAAAAAUACAAUACUUUCAGGAAAUUUUUUAGUUGCAGGUGGGCUCUUUGAGCUAUACUUUCAGUCUGCUGGGCAGAUGUCCAGUCUCCUCUGCUGUGUAGGGGGAUUAUGUUGGAAAGGUGUGAGAAGCCUUGCUCUAGAGUUUUCCAAAUCCCAGACAAUCACACACCACCUUGUACCUCAGCUUCAUUUUUUUUUUUUAAAUCAUGGAUUAUCUUUACAGUUAACGAUUAUUUUUCUUUAAAGUGACUCAUUUUUAAACCUUGAACUUAUUUUUAAAAGAUAGCCUUGUAUUAUUCUAUAAAUAAAAAACCCAGUAUCCUCCUGAUAUAAAUAGAAAGGAAGAUCUAUAGGAAUACAUAUAAUGGAAACAAAUACUAAUAAGUUCAGUUUAGAUUCUAUUGCCUGCUAAAGGUUUCGAGCUUGAGACCUACUCUCUUAUCUUUGAUAAAAAGGGAGAUAAACAAGUGUUGGAGAGGUAUUAAAGAUAUUAACACCAAAAUCUGACUUCCUCCUUGAUAUAAUCAUAAGGUUUGAAAGAUAAUUGAAAAGGGAUUUUUUUUUCACUUCAUGAGUAAAUAUUAUUUAAUUCCAGUCUGUGAACCACCUGUAAGCUUCCCUUGAUUUGAGAAAAUUGUCUUGACCAGAUUGGCUGUGCUGGAGAAGACCCUGCCCUCUUCCACAAUCACCCUAAGAUCUUCUAAACCCCACUUUGGGCCCAACUCCUGGGAACUCAUCUUGGUUAACCACACUUCAAGCAAGGACUCCUGACCUAGAGAAGAACUCUUUCUAACACUGUUACAGUUACACCAUCAGUUCCUCUUCUAAAUCUAUUUGUGCUUUCUUUUUGAGAAUGGGGUCAAGAGUGGCCAUUUGUAUUCCAUUGCAAAGAAAAAUUUUGGCAUUGUUUUGUUGAUCUACUUAGCCCUUUCAGUGGCAUUCUUUAUCACUCCAUAUAUACCCUCAUCGUAAGGACGAAUCUCCUACAUACUUAGUGGUGUUGGUGAGCAUUUGUGAACCUUGUCCCCCUGCCCCACCAUGGCUGUGAAAAUGGAACCCGGGGAAGGCAGAGAUUGUCUGUUUUGAUCUCUGGUGUAUCUCCAGCAUGCAGAAUCUGGCAUUCAGUGGGGGCUUAAUAAAUAUUUGCUUAGUGAAUGGCAAAAAGGACUGACUGGCCUAGAAUAGGGACACUGGGAGGGUUUAGUUAGAGCCAAGAUGUGUACAUGUGAGCAAGCGCAGCAAAGAGCCAGAAGACCUAUUGCUCAGCUCCAUCUCCAGCCAUCCGGGAUUUCCUUCAAAGCUCCACCUUCCCAACCUCUUCCUGUUUUCAAAUCCCUUAUAUUUAUGGAGCACAAUACCCAGAACCACAGGACGAUACUGAGAUGAAUCAACUGAGAAACAGGAGAAGGGAAGCCAAGACAAGAAACCCCACAGACCUAUUUCCCUGCUCACCCGGUGAAGUCCUCACCUCACUGCUCCCACCCAGGUUCCUGCCCUGCUAGUUCUGUGUUCGCCCCAGCCCUGCUAGCUGUGAAUGAAUAAAGGUGAAUAUACUCGCAAUUGUUUCUGCCUGGAUCUCACUGCUGCCUCUUCAUCUCCACACCUUCUUGCUUUUCUGAUUCAGGG